AUGGUUGAUAAUAAAGUGAUAACGAUACACGAAAAAUGGCAUUCAAUCCUAGGUGAAGAAAUACCUUUGAUCGAACCCUAUCAUUAUGUUAAGCUCAGUAAAAUUCUUCAUCCUCCAAAGUUAUCGGUUAAUGAAAUAGAUAGAGGUGUAGCUGCAGUUCUUCCAUACAUUCGACAGAAAGUAAAGAUGUGGGGGGCUCAAGUUCUUAAAGCAGAAAGUAUCAAAAUUUUGGUCGAUGAAGAUGACGAUGCUUCGGACACUUCUGAUACGGAUGAAACAGAUGAUUUCAAAGAUCAAAAAAACAUAUUGUCUCGGUUUGAUUGCAUCACUAGUUUAUUCGCAUCUGCCGAGUGUACCGUAGCCCAGGAUAUCUUUCGGACCUUAUCUCAAUUUCCAAUUGCAUUUCCCUUGAUAAUGCCUAAAUUAAGCAGAGAAAAAGAGUUUAAAGUUAUGAUUCCUUUGUUUACUGGACCGGUUAUCAAAUGGGAAACAAGUCCCGGAACAAUAAUUGAAAAUCACCUUUUCAACGAUCCAUUUAAGUUGAUUGUUGCCAUUCGGAUUGGAACGAAUUCCCAAGGCAAAAGCACUAUUCUCAAUCAGUUGAUGGCUUCAAACUUUAUGUUCUCUUCAUGCUCCGAACCAAGAGCGGAAUAUGGGGUUCCACAUAUGAUCAGCGGAAGUGUCGAGUUUACUUGGUUGACCCAAGAAACUUGUGGUGCGAGUCUAUGGAACGAUGUUUUCGAAAAUUUUUAUAAGGGAGAGUCAAAAGAAAUUGUAUUACUCGCAAAUUUACAUGGGGACGCCUUAGAUUAUCCGGAUCAAAUUGAGUACUUAAAUCAAUUUCCUUCUAGCUUUUUGGUUUUCUUAAUGCCCGGAUGCACCGAAAAUCAAAUUUCAGAAUUCGAAGCCAUAGUUAAUCCCGAAAAAGUGGUAUAUGGUUGUGUAAACCAUCGAAAUUUUCCAGAUAAAAAGAAAUAUACAAUUGAUACCAAAUCUUUAAUGAAGGAUAAAACGUUAAAAAAAGUUCGAACAAUGUUCAAAGAAGCCUUAAGUUUCGAUAGUUCAUUUUUCAGCGCUGAAGAGUUAAAACUGGGAAGAUCACUUCAAUUAACCGAGGGCAUUGAGCUUACUGAAUCUCAGUAUUUGAUAAAUUUUGUCGAAGAGAAAACUUGUCGUCACGUUAAGCUAGAGGUUAUGCAACUUCAGAGAAAGCAGUUGGAUAAUGGGAUGCAAAUAUGGCAGAACAAUACAGAAUUGCAACUGUUGGUACAUUUAUACAUAAAUAUAUUAAAAUUACCUCUCGGCAAAAGAAGGCGAGCCUUAGCGCAUCUUGAAAGAGAAGUGACUAGGCUUUCGAUGUUAGAAUCCUCGGAAGCUCGAAAUCAGGCUGCAUUGAAAAGAGAAGAGCUACGUAAAUCUGACCUGGUCAAUAGGAAUCAAGAAAAUGAGAAAAAAAUUCGAGAAGAAAUAGCACAAAUUUGGGCGGAAGUUGAUAGUAUGAGUUUAGGCAUGGAGCACUUUUUCCGGGAGUUAGGUCAAUUGUAUAAAAUUUUUUUGGUCAAUGAUCCAAGCAACGAAAUUGGGUUGAGAAUACCGGAAUAUUAUGCCGAAUUACUAAUUAGUGGUCACACCAUAGAAUUACUUGAUGGUGAUGCUGGAACUAUAAGUGAAGCUUGGUUCUCAGCUAUUUGUGGGCAUGUUAGUAAUAAAUUUCCCGAUCUUCGAGUUUUCGUGAUCAGUAUUCUUGGCUUACAAUCAUCGGGAAAAUCUACUUUGUUGAACGUUCUUUUUGCAUGUAGAUUCGCUGUUUCUGUUGGACGUUGUACUCGAGGUCUUUUUAUGCGACUACUGUUCUUGGAGAAAGACUUGUCCGAUCAACUUAAUAUUGACGCAAUUAUCCUGAUUGAUACUGAAGGUCUUGGUGCGCCAGAAAAGAUGGAUGAUCCAGAUUCGGAAAAAAAAGAUCGAAUACUAGCAACUUUUGCAAUGGGCGUGAGCAAUUUAACAAUUCUUAACGUACUUGGAGAAUCGAUGCGAGAUUUGACCGAGAUUUUACAGAUAGCAAUUGUAACGAUGGCACGCCUCGAAAAGGCCGGUAUAGCUCCGGAUAUACUCAUGGUGCAACAUAUUUCUGAACGAAACGCAUCAAAACUGUCAGAACCAGAAGAAAAGUUUCGAGGUGCCCUUCAAGAGGCUUUGAAAAUAGCUGAAGAACAAGACAUUGAAAUGGGAAUAUCUAAUACGGAAUGCCUACAAAUUCUUGAUGAAAGAAUCAAAAAAGGUCAACUUCUUAAACAGUUUCGACCAUUUAAAAAUGGCGCAACUGCUUAUGCUCCACCUUCAGAGCAAUAUCACGAGGAUGUUGUCAAUUUGUACAAUUCUAUAAUUGACGAUUGCAAGAAUUCACAAAGGAAAAUCAAAUUUUUAGAUUGGUAUUCGUUGACACAAAAUUACUGGAGCGCAAUCUCUCACGAGGACUUUGCAGUUCGUUUCAAAAAUAUCAGAGAAAUUUAUGAAUUCAUUGAUCUUGGUAAACAAAUCACAAAAUUGAAAGAGAUCAUUGAUAGAGCGUUCCUAAAACAUGAGGAAUUGAUCAUGCAAAAAAUUCGCUCGGAACUUCAGGAUUGGAAUGCAGAUGAUAAUUCAAACGUAAAUUUACUCAUCCGUGAGAAAUGUUUGGAGCUGAUCGAAAAGGGGGUGAAAGAUGCUACGGAUUGCGGAAAUUCCAACUGUACAGAAUGCGAAAAAGCAAAAAAAGAAAGAGUUGAAUUGGAAGAAUAUCUUGAGAAUAAAAAUAACGAGAAAUGUGAAAUGGAAACUAAGCAAACAAUUGAGAAUUACGUCAAACUUAAUCGUGAAUCUUCGACCAUCAAACUUAAUCAAAUGCUCGAGGCUGGUUUCAUUCGAAAAGGAAUUUCAUCUGAUUCUUUCGAAAUUAUAAACAAACAAUUAGAAGUGAUGUUAAGAAGUAUGCCGAGCGGAGGAUUAUCUAGCCAUCAACGCGAACAAAAAGUUAAAGAGAUAUGGGACUUAUUGAGAAAUUAUAUAAUAUCAAAGAAUAACGUUAUACCUGUGACAGAAUGUAUAGAUAAGGAGUUUGAGUCCGUGUAUGAGUUAAUGCCGCAAUAUCUUCGUGAAAAGUACGAAUAUGGAAUUCUUCCGAAUCUCUUCGAGUGUCCUGCAUAUAAAAAGUAUCAUAUUUCACUAAGAUGUUUACUGGAUGGGCAUGUCAUUGCACUUAUGGAGAAACUUGAUAAUUUAGUAGAUUUAAUCUUUGCACAUAGGGGCUCUCGACAUUUUUACACCGGAAUUAUGCGUGACGCCAAGAUGAACGUAGACAAAAUCCUCUCUGAUUUUUCAAAGGCACUUUUUGUAAAUUUUUUACCAGAUUUCAAGUGGAAUGUUCACCUAUAUGCCUUAUUAAACUUCAAGCCGGUAAUUGUGGAAUUACAGAAAACAUGGAACAAAGAAAAUACUCCGCUUGGAAUUUUUGAUCAGAAGAAUGAGGAAUAUUUUAAAGUAAUUGAUACUCGGCUUCGAUACGGUCAUACACUAGUUUCCGAGGGUCAUAUCUGCGGAGAUUAUUUAUUGAGAGUUAUUAAUAAAAAGGCAAUGAAUGCAGGCAAUAAUGAACGAGUAGUAGCGGUACGUGAUAUUCCUUGGUUGACUUGCGCCGAGUUAAUUAGACUUAAGUACUUUGAGAAACUGGGCGAACAAGUUCAAAACGGUGAUAAAAAAGAAGCUAUGCAAUAUUUUUUGGGCCCAAAACGAUGCAUAGAAAAUUGGUUUAAAAGUACGGUUGAUAACUAUGCAGUAGGAAAUCCACAACAAAAAUUUGAUGAAACUUUUAAUAGUGAAUUUCAUCGAGUUUUUCAAGAUAUUCGAAACUGUAAAAGUUUUGAUGAAAUCAAAAGGUUUGUAAAUGAUUAUAUGACACAAGUUGAUAACAUAGACUACAAAUUAAAUUUUCAUAGCUCGUUCACCAAAGAAGAUUUUAAAAUAUUUCAUCGCACGGUUGAGGAAGAGCUUAGAACCAAAGGGAAUGACCGUUAUCCGAAACAAGAGCCUUUCCAAGAGCCGUCCAAAAAUAAAUCGGUGAUGGAAAGGCUUGGGUGUACGGAAGCAUGUCAUAGAUGUGGGGCUCUUUGCUGGGGUUCUCGGGAUCAUCAUUUAAAUAGUGACGUAACAAAAUUGCAUCACACUAGUCAUCAACCCGAAGGUCUUACGGGAAUGGGUUAUGCAAUUACGCGUAACCUUAUUGCAGUGCAAUGUCAUAAAUGGAAAGACGAUGAUAUUUUUUCUAAUAUUGACGGGACGAAUAAGCGAAAGUGGGCUCAAGUGAAAGCUGAAUCCCAUUCAGAUUGGAAAUUUGAACCUCACUGCACAAGUCAUUUUAACGACCUUAUGUGCUGGUUUUUAGAAAAAUUGCAUUUAGACCUGGUAAAAGCUAGGAACGUAAAUCCACCGACCCAUGAUGAAUUGCUUCGUAAUGGUUGCUUAAAUUUAAAUUACGAUAACAUCAUUAGCAUACUCAGAACGAGAGUUG